AAGGGGUGUGCGCAUGCGCCGGAAGGCGAGCGGGAGUGCGAGAAUGGAGGGUCUCGGCUCGGCGGUUCUGACCCCGCAGCAGAAGGAGCAGCUGAAAGAAAAACUGGCUGUAUUGAAAAGAGAAUACAACAGAACAUUCCACAGGUUACAGCGUGCUGAGAGAGCGGCGAGGGUUAAAAACGAUAUCAAGGAAACGGUUGCAGAGCAGAACCUGCUACUCGGACAGGAGGAAGCUGUGAAGAACCAUGCAGGAAACCUCAGUCAACUGUCUCCCGAGGAGGGUCAGGCUGGGAUUUCCUGCCCAGGCAGCACCGCGGAGACCACGCCGGUCCUCUUUAAGUCCGGAGCCUUUGAAGGCAGCUUGCCAGAAACGUCAGGCUCCCGAAGGGCCCAUCAGCCUGGCCGAAGGGUGCUCUUUGAUUCUGCGGAGCCACCUCUGGCGAGGAACAGCAGCCUGCACUCAACCGGCGGACGUGGCAGAGAGCAGCGAGAAGGGCUUUCUCUGGCCACGUGGGGAGAAACGGCGUGGGAGGCGCGUCGGAGGGAGCCUGAGAGGGCCACAGAGCCAGGCUGGGAGUCUCCAGGCUCUAGCAGAAGCAGCAGCCUCUUGGACCCCGGCCAGAGGAGCCCCCCCAAGUCCUCCCUGCGGGCUAGCCAAGGAGGGAGUGGCGAUGUGACUCCCGCAAUGUCAGACCCAGGCUCUGAACUGAGCAGGCGGAUGCAAACGGAUGGUCCUGCGGCAAUGCAAGAACUUCCUUGUUCCCUGCCACCCGCGAGUCGAGGGUCCUGCCUUGAGCCUCUGAGCCAACAAGAGGGUGUUUCUGGUCUGGGGGACUUGGCUGCUGGGAGCUGGUCCUUAUGGGCCAGCGUGCGGAGCGAGGGGCAGCCUGGGCAGGGGUGCAAGGAAGGUGCAGGAAGCUUGCCGGUGACCCCCGACGCUGCUCGAGGAGGCAGAGCUGUUCCCGAUGGGCCCAGAGAUGACGGAGAGCCCCCCAGGAGGGAGACAAGCAGGGAGGACGAAGGGCACAGCCUUGGAGCAGGGCCAGCCCCCCUGGGAGGGGUCACCCCCAGUGAGGAGGGGCUGAGCUCUUGCACAGUGGUGGAGGGACUCAUGUUUCCCCUGGAGUAUUACGUGCGCGUGACCCGGAGGCUCUCCGGGCGCCAGAAGGAGGUGAACUUGGAGGCGGUUGUCCAGAGCCAGCUGGGCAAGGGCAGGAAGGGCCGGAGAGGCCCCCACAAAGGGCAGGGGGGGGAUCCGGCCCAGCCCCCCCAGGAGCUCCCCAAAAGGGACGACCGGCUGAGCUCAACUCCCAGGAUGCGAGGAGAUGCUUCUGGGUCUCCACCUCACUCUCCCGAGAGCGGCAGGUCUGGCCAGGGCAGGAGGAGCCGGAGGCUGAGGAGGAGGAGGACCCAGCAGAGGACUUCCUUCAGCACAGGCAGCCCACCAGCAAGCUCCCCAGGUCUGGCUUCUCCUGCCCUCUGGAUGGUGGAGGAUCCUCCUGCUCCUGCAGCUUUGCCUCUCACCCCCCUGGGUGGGCAGGGGUCCCGCCUCGGCUGGCUGCCUCCCGGCCUGCCGCCUCAAGAGUUCCACCUGCCCGAGGAGGAUUUCGGCCACCUGAAAUCCAAGAAGCUCAAAGUCUGUCCCGAGAAGCCAUUGGGGGCCUGGGAUGCCAGGGGAUCCAGCAAGAGUCCUCCGAGACCCCCUGGGGAGGCUCCUCUCGAGGAAGGAGCAGCGUUGGGGCAAACCCUCCUGUCCGGGACGAGUGGGGGCUCCUCCGCUCUUUCUUCCCGUGAGCUGCUCCUCUCCCCGGCCUUGGAGGCUGGACAGAGCCUUUUGCAAAGCCCUAAUUUUCCCCUGGUGGGGGCAACCCCGGCUCCCCUGCAGUCCUCCCCAGGCGGCCCUGGGGCCUCUCUUGUGCAAGCAGCGGUGGCAGCAUCUCCUGACCCAGGAAGGGGCAUCGGGCAGCCUUGUUCGCCAGCUGGCAUCGGCAGGAAGGCCCAGGAAGAAGCCGCCAGCCCAUCACAGAAGCCGCUUGAGCGCGACAAGGAGCCCCCCAGGCAGAGCGGCCCAGCAAAGGAGGACCAAGUGGAGGCACCGGCGGGCACUCUGAGAGAAGGACGCUUGAAAAUGACUUCAAAACUGAAGAACGGCUCCGGCUCCUGCUUGGUGGACAUGAGCGCCGUGUGGUGGGAAGCCACUGACUUCGCGGAAUUGUGUAUGGUGACAGCCGAGGAAGCCUCCAUCUCUCUCUGGAGGCCUCUGGAACCUGGCCAGUGGGGGACGGUGCACACCUGGCACUUUACAAAGCUUCCAGUUCUUCAAAUAGUUCCCCUGUCGGGAGCUCACAGCGUGGUGUGCGCAGUGCUGGGGCGCCUGGAGACAGCCGAGAUAAGGCUUUUGUUCGGCUGUGCUAAAGAGGAGCUGCUCAAAGCUGGAAACAUCAACGCUGUCCUUGGUCUGGCCGAUAGGAAGCUGGUCAGCAGCUGUUGGUCACUGCAAGGUCAAGCAGUGGAAGUCUUCUCUUUCUCUGAGGUGGGAAGGACUCACUCUAUUGAAUCUAUUGACCAAGAUAUAAUUGAGAGGCAGUUUGGCGGCCUCCUGUUCCUGGUCUUCAGCCACCCACACGCCAAAGACAGCCAGCUGCCUGGGAACCCGGCCUUCCAGAUCAUGGCGCUCAACCCCAAGACCGCCAGAAGCUCUGAGGUGAUGCUCUUGGCCCCGCCCCCCGGCGUCCAAGGAAGAUACUUGGAGCACGACGUGAGGGGCUCUUCGGCCGCAGCUGUCCUGACAUCUGGAACCAUUGCGGUGUGGGAUUUAUUUCUGGGGCAGUGCACUGCAUUGCUGCCCCCCAACUCUGGAGGCAGCUGGUCCCUGGCCAGGUGGUCAGUCACGGACACUUGCCUGCUGGCUGGGCAAGAAGAUGGCUCGGUUUACCUCUAUAGGUACUCGGGGGGGCUCCACCCCGGGUGAGAGACCUGCAGACCCCGGCAUCCCGCCUUCCAACAACUCUGGAGCCUCAGGGCAGUUGAGGGACACGCCAAGCUCACAACGGAGGCGUUGCGAAGUGCCCUCAGGGAGAUGGGAGUUUUGUCCAAAGGACUCAGAAAUGGACAUGGUCACAAUCCACCUGGGAUAUAUCUUCUGCAAACGGGCUAGAAUUAAUGGGGGCUACUGGUCUGCUAAGAUUUCGCCUCUUUUGGAAGCAAUUGCCCUGCGCCCAUUAAAAGGAAUGAAACUGAUAAAGCAACUGACACAAUUUCCUUGACUCUU